UGGUCACCGAUCACAACGGCAAAUAGGGCGUCAUCAUGGAAGACGGCCAUUCCACCUUCAAAGUCAUCAUCAUUGGUGCUGGAGUCACGGGACUGACACUGGCUCACUGCCUUGCCAAGGCUAGCAUCGACUAUGUCUUGUUAGACAAAGGCGUUAUAGCCCCGAGUUUUGGAACUACAAUUACGCUGCAGCCACACGGGUGCCGGAUUCUGCACCAGCUGGGCUAUCUGGACGCCGUACUGGCCACAUGCGAUGUCAUGGGCGGUGCGCAAUGUCGCGAUCCCUCUGGCAAGAGUUUUGCAUCUAACGACUUCUUUGGAGUGGUGAGAAAGUUCGCCGGUUAUGACACGAGGACACUCGAUCGCCAAGUCUUCUUGCGCACACUGUACGAACAACUACCAGAUCAGUCUAAAGUACACGAAAGAGCACGGGUUCAGGAGAUAAUUGAGGAGAAUGAAAAGACUCGUGUCAUUUUACAAGACGGGCGUGAGUUCAUUGGCGACGUGGUGGUCGGUGCAGACGGCGUCCAUUCCAAAGUGCGUGAGAUUAUGUGGGACAAGGCCAACACGGCGAAACCUGGCAUGAUCACAGUCGAAGAGAAGCGUGCCAUGGUGACCCAAUAUAACGCUAUCGUAAUGGCUUCCUCUCCGGUCCCCGACCUCGGCUCCCACGACAUGGAAGUCACGUCCAACGACAAGUUUUCCUUCCUCCUCCUCUGUCAACCAGAUUGGAUUUCCAUUAUUGUACACAGCAAGCUACCCGAGGAUCAGCAAUGCAGCUGGCCCACCCGCAGACGGUACACCGAAGCCGACAUGGAAGCACUCGUCAGCAAAAUCCUCGAGUGUCCCAUCACGGAAACAGUCGUGUUCAGGGAGCUGUGGAAGCGGCGCUUGAAAGCACAAAUGAUCUCGCUCGAGGAAGGGGUAUUGAAACAUUGGUUCUUUGGCAGGAUCAUCUUGGCUGGCGACGCCGUUCACAAGGUUACGCCAAACUCCGCGCUAGGUGGAAACACAGCCAUCGAAGACGCCGUUGCCGUCGCAAAUACUCUGCAUGACCUUCUCGCCGCCCACCCGAACAAGAAACCCAGCAAUGUAGAGCUGCAGGACGCUUUUCGAGACAAGUAUCAAAAUGCCCGCUUGGAUCGCGUGCGGGCCAUUGUAAAAGCCAGCGGUGACCUGACGAGACAGCAGGCGUAUGACGGGUGGAAGCCGUAUCUCAUUCAGCGAUGGCUGACUCCCAUCGUCGGGCUAGACACACUCGCGAAAAACAUUGCGGGGUUUUGCGUUACGGCGCCAAAGCUUAGCUAUGUAGACUUCGAAGAGAAGAGAGGUAUAUUGGGCUGGCAGGAUACGAUGGCCGUUGAGAAGGAGCGGGAAAUGCGUCAUGGAAAUGUAAGAGGAGUAGGAGCUAGGCAUUUGAAGGAUGGGUGGCUAGUGUCGUGGGGUGAUUGGUCUGGUGGAUUCGAAGCCGUUUUCUCGCAAGUACUGGGAGUUUUGGUGGUCAUGUGGUCUGUUGUUUGGCUGUUCCAUCUAGCGUGCUCCAGACAUCACGUACCGGGUUUUGGAGGGGAAGUUUGGCGGGUUGUUGGAGGAGAUAACGAGACAUUCAGUGUUGCUACGUAGGGGGUAGUCGCGGUCAACCUCGUUUUCUAUAGAUUGAGAAUCAUGUCGCAAUGUCAUCUUGCACUAGCCUCC